GGGCUGCACGCCUCCUCCCCGCGCUCCCGCCCCGAGGCCCCGCUGCCCCGCGCCCCGCACCCCUCGCCCCUCGCCCCCGGGCGUCGCGGGCGCCAUGGGCCGGGAAGAGGAGCUGCGAAGGACGGCCAGGAAGCUGGAGAAGAUGGUAGCCAGGAAGCGCACGGAAGGGGCCCUCGACCUUCUGAAGAAGCUGAACAGCUGUCAGAUGUCCAUCCAGCUACUCCAGACAACCAGGAUUGGCGUCGCCGUCAAUGGGGUCCGGAAGUACUGCUCAGACAAAGAGGCGGUGUCCAUGGCCAAAGUCCUCAUCAAGAAAUGGAAGCGGCUGCUGGACUCCCCUAGCUCCCCGAAAGGGGGGAAAGGAGAGGAAAGAGAAAAAGCCAAGAAGAAAGAAAAAGAACUUGACUGCUCCAGUUGGAAGUCAGAGGCAGGCCUUUCUGCGCCAAGGACAAAACAAGAGGAGCCCAAAGCCAGGAGAGACUCUGUGGAAUCCAAGUCGUCUUCGGCCACCUCCUCUCCAAAGAGACCGUCGCUGGAAAGAUCAAACAGCAGCAAGUCGAAAGCAGAGACCUCCCCCAAAACGCCCAGCAGCCCCUCGAGCCCCACCUUUGCCCCCUCCAUCUGCCUCCUGGCACCCUGCUACCUCACAGGCGACUCUGUCCGGGAUAAGUGUGUGGAGAUGCUCUCGGCGGCCUUGAAGGCGGAUGAUGAUUACAAGGACUAUGGAGUCAACUGUGAUAAGAUGGCAUCAGAAAUUGAAGAUCAUAUCUACCAGGAGCUCAAGAGCACAGACAUGAAGUACCGGAACCGCGUGCGCAGCCGCAUCAGCAACCUCAAGGACCCCCGGAACCCCGGCCUGCGGCGGAACGUGCUCAGUGGGGCCAUCUCCACCGGCCUCAUUGCCAAGAUGACAGCAGAGGAAAUGGCCAGUGAUGAGCUGCGGGAGUUGAGGAACGCCAUGACCCAGGAGGCUAUCCGUGAGCACCAGAUGGCCAAAACGGGCGGCACCACCACUGGCCUCUUCCAGUGCAAGAAAUGCAAGAAGAAGAAUUGUACCUAUAACCAGGUGCAGACGCGCAGUGCAGAUGAGCCCAUGACCACCUUUGUCCUGUGCAAUGAGUGCGGCAAUCGCUGGAAGUUCUGCUGAUAGCAUUGCCAGCCAGGAUUUCAGUGAACAAGUUGAGGAAGAACAAAGAGAAAGCGCUAAGCCAUCGUAACUGGAGAAAAA